GCCCGCUUUGGGGUUGACCCUGAGCCAACCGCACUCACCGCAUCACCGCCUCUCGCCCGCCGACGCAGUCACUCCCGACCUCGCACACACCCCGCUCUUCAAAAGUCUCAAGGAAUUCCCGCCUCCUGCUCAGAGAAACAGCAAGCAACAUCAUGGCCGGAGAAGCAAAUGGAGAGAAAAACGGCGCUGGCACGGCGUCCGAGACCGGAGCCCUGACUGGCACCAUGCGCGUCAAGGCCGGCCUGGCUCAGAUGCUCAAGGGCGGCGUAAUCAUGGAUGUUGUGAACGUGGAGCAAGCGCGCAUUGCCGAGGAGGCCGGUGCCGUUGCGGUGAUGGCCCUCGAGCGCAUCCCUGCCGACAUCCGGGUGGACGGAGGAGUCGCCCGCAUGUCGGACCCCAAGAUGAUCCGAGAGAUCAAGGCCGCCGUCUCGAUCCCCGUCAUGGCUAAGGCACGCAUCGGUCACUUCGUGGAGGCCCAGAUCCUGGAGUCGAUCGAGGUGGACUACAUCGACGAGUCGGAGGUGCUGACCAUGGCCGACGAGGACAACCACAUCAACAAGCGCAAGUUCCAAGUGCCCUUCGUCUGCGGCUGCCGCAACCUGGGGGAGGCCCUCCGACGUGUCGCGGAAGGAGCGGCCAUGCUCCGCACCAAGGGCGAGGCCGGCACCGGCAACGUCGUCGAAGCCGUCCGCCACGCUCGCGCCGUACAAAAGGAGAUCAGAAUGGUGGCGUCCAUGGACGAGGACGAGCUCUUCGUGUUCGCGAAGCAGAUCCAGGCUCCAUUCUCCCUGGUGCAGGAGGUGGCCAAGAACGGCCGCCUGCCCGUCGUGAACUUUGCCGCGGGAGGCAUCGCUACCCCGGCCGACGCCGCGUUGAUGAUGCAGCUUGGUGUUGACGGUGUGUUUGUGGGGUCGGGCAUCUUCAAGAGCGCCCACGCGGCGGAGCGCGCGAAGGCCAUCGUACAGGCGACCACUCACUACAAGGAUGCCAAGAUCCUUGCGGAGGUAUCUACCGGGCUGGGCAAGGCCAUGGUCGGUGUGUCCGAUAUCGAGGGCGACGCCGUUAACUUCCGCGGGCGCGAGGGGGGAGGGUCUGAGGGGCAGAUCCCAAAGAAGCGCAAGCUCGAGGGGAAGACCGAGACCCAGCUCUACGGUUCCAGCUGGGAGGCAUAGGGAUGAGGAAGGUUGUCAGCUGGGAGGCGUAGGGACUAGAAAAGCGCAGUUGCGCCCCCCGUCUCAACAACGGGAAGGAGCUUUUUUUACCGUUGCUGUGCAGUAUAUGCCUCCUUCCGGCUGAAUGUUGUGACUGGACCCGAAAGAUGGUCUCGUGGACUCCAUUGCCCCAGGCAUGGGCCCACCGUGGAGAACGGGGCGGGAGGGUCGGCGGCCGCGGUCUGUAGCGAGCCGGUUCGGAGGAUGAAGAAGAAUGUUGGUUGCUUGGAGAGAACUCCGCCAUUUGUGAGUGAGGAGAGAGGACCGCCGUCGUUGGCGAUUGAUUUUUGUUGCCGCUCGACAUGGUCAACACGUCGAGUCGGCACCUUGUUCUCGCCGGCACCUGAACGUCUUCACGGAGCCCGUGUCUGUCUUAUUGCAUGUACCUCUGCGCGCACCCGUGUCUCCCGUCCCCUCCCCUCGAGCGACGAGGUAACACGAGGCCAUGUUGUAUAGGGUGGGACUAUAGGGAAGUCGACGUUUGACUAGGGAUUCGUUUCUUUUGUUUGGACGGUGUCGUAGUCGUUUGUGGUGAAAGUACGCCUCCUUCACCCGCCCCCGCCGCCGGCCGCCCGUUCUUGAAGCCGCUGCAGCCUUGCAGGCGGUGAGUGGGGAAAAUGCCGGUGCUCCGCUCCCCCCCCAUCCCCACCGAGGUUUAGCUCACAUUUUCGCACUGUUUGGUGUGUUCAUGGAUGAACGUGUUUCCGAAGGUGGUUGUUUUGUUUUUGAAGGGGAGGGGAAGGGGGGAUGACUGGCCUGCUUUUUCUGUGGUGCGAGCACCUUCUCCUUUGCGCAGGAGGAGGCCCUCGCGCCCCACCAUGACCUUGCGUGUGUUGUCGAAACCACGGGCCCCACCAUGACCUUGCGUGUGUUGUCGAAACCACGGGAAACGAUGUGUUCUGUGGCAUCUAGCGGGUUGGACGGUAGACAACCCGUCUUUGAUAAUACCAUUGUUUCUGUGUUUCUGUUGAUGGAGCAUAGGGAAGCGAGCGGACGAAAGAGGACCACGAGCGUUGUUGUAGACACGUGUCUCGCUGGUCGCGUAUGGGUUGUGCUUGUGUCAUGCAAAGAGGUGUGUCGUCAAUGACCCAGGGCACGCUGCCAUGUGCAACCGACCUCGGCGUAGCUGCACCACCAGAUGUACACCGCUAGUGGCGGAAUCAAAAAGUUCGAUGUGUUUGGUGUGUGUAAAGCGUGCGCAGUGAUUCUUUUGCGCGCCGCUGACAGCGAAGAGGAACACUUAGUAGCGUCAACAUAUCCGAGGCCGCCGAGAGAUGCGACAUGUAUUGCUUGUGUCUAACCACACGCAUAUUUAUCCGGGCAGCGCGCGUUUUUUUCCGUGGCCUUCUGUUUGUAGGCACUUGUAUGUGCAGCAGGCACAUGUUUGCCCUAUAAAUGAAACGCAUGAAAUGUGCAGAAUAUGUCCACUUGCACAAGAGUGCGCCGAUGGCAACUCCUG